GUAGGCAGCAGGAUCAACUGCAACGUCUGUGAAGACUUUGACCUGUGCUUUGGUUGUUACAAUGCAAAGAAGUAUCCCGACAGCACCUGCCCACCCAUCGGAUCACAGUCUACCCCAUGGUGACAAUACGAAUCAGUGACCGCCACCGCCUGAUCCAGCCCUACAUCCACAACUACUCCUGGCUACUUUUUGCUGCCUUGGCUCUCUACACGUCAGAGCUUAGCAGUCAGAAGCAGAUGGAGGGCGAGUCUUUAGACAGCAACACCUUGAGCCAGGCCUCAUCUCUGCAGACACACUGCUCCCAGCUCAUCACUGACUGUUUGCUAAAGGGGCAGCCUGGAAAAGGUCUUCGUUCCUCAGCCUUGCUCGCCCUGCUGUCGCCCAAUGAAUCGUCUUCUGACAGUGAGCUGUGUCCUGUCUCUCCGGAGUCCUCUCAGGAGCUCAGCAAAGCCACUGACACCUCCUCUGUCCCCGGCAACACUGCAGCCAUCUGCUCCCUAACAUCUCCCAGGGACACAAUCAAGCCAUCAGGGAAGGAGAAUAAAACAAAGGAGUUGGGCUCUCCUCCCCCUGUUCCUUCAGAGAUGUUGUCCCCACCAGGCACUGCAGAAGGGGAGAAAAGGAAGCUGGUUACCCAAGACACGCUGGACUCCCCCAGCCUCAGUCAGACCCCCUCUGUGUCCAGCGAGGACCCCCUCUCUCCUGUGUUGCAUGCUUCAGAGCCUGAUUCAGGAACAGUCACUUCUCCAGCAGCUGAAGUUGUCAAAGGGACUGAGAGGCUUCCCCCAGUUCUCCUUCAGGAGCAUGUGUUUUCAGAGUGCUCCAGAGAGAGGAUCCUGGGACUACUAUCAGCCAUGCUGCCCCCUGCCAUACCAGGCAGCACCCUGUCUCUGCCCAGUCUGAACUCCAUCCUGCCCAAGCUCUUCAGGGCGGUCAUUUCCAAUGCUGGCUCUCUGAACGAGACGUACCACCUCACCCUGGGGCUGCUGGGUCAACUGCUGCUCCGAAUCCCUCCGAUGGAGUCCGACUCUGCCGUUACUGAGGCUCUGGCUGACAAAUAUGACUUGUUAACACAAGCAGAGGCAACCAGUUCAGACAUCCAGGGCUGGAAGACCACCCAGCUGCUGUUCAGCCUCGGAGCCGUCUGUUUAGACAGUCGUAUUGGUCUGGAUUGGGCGUGCACAGUGGCAGAUAUCUUACACAGUCUGAAUGCGUGUCCUGAGUGGAGCACAGUCAUCGCUGCCUUCACGGACCACUGUAUUCAGCUGCUGCCACAAACUCUCAAACGCACCAACCUGUUCACUCUGCUGGUGCUGGUGGGCUUCCCUGAGGUGCUGUGUGUGGGCACCCAAACAGUGUUCAUCGACAACGCCAAUGAACAGCACAACAUGAUCCUGCUCAAACACUUCACAGAGAAGAACCACGCUGCAGUGGUGGAUGUUAAGACAAGAAAGAGGAAAACAGUGAAGGACUACCAACUGAUCCAGUCUCUGGACUCCACUGCAGCCGGUCUCCCCGGGCAGUCAGAGGGCGACGGCAGCUCUAAGACCCUGCUCAGCCGGUACCUGAGGAACUUCACCUCCAUCAUCAGCCACUUGCUGCAGGCCAGCCAGGACAACGGCUCUCCUGAUGCCGUGGAGGCAUCCUGGGUUCUCUCCUUGGCCCUCAAAGGCCUCUACAACACACUGAAGAAACAUGGAGUAGAGCACGCUCAGGAGGACAUCCAGGAGUCAGGCCUCACGCAGCUGCUGGUGAGGAAGUGCAGCAAAGGGACCGGCUUCACCAAGCUGUGGUUGCUGCGAGACCUGGAGAUCCUCUCCAUCAUGCUCUACUCCUCCAAGAGGGAGAUCCACUCCAUGGCCCAGGACCCAGAGCGGGACCAAAGAGAGCAGGACAAAGAGCACGACUCGGACCACUCCAGCUGCUGUGCCGACGAGACCGACGUCAGCAACAAGCCCGACCCCUUAGAGGGGCUCGAUGAGGAGACAAAGAUUUGCUUCCAGAUCACACACGAUGCCUUAAACGCCCCUCUCCCCAUCCUGCGAGCCAUGUAUGAGCUGCAGAUGAAGAGAACCGAUUCCUUUUUCCUGGAGGUGCAGAAGAGAUUUGACGGAGAAGAGAUAAAAACAGAUGAAACAAUCCGGACGCUGGCUCAGAAGUGGCAGCCUGGCAGGCGGCCUCGCUCCGAGGAGAGGAACACCAAGGCUGUGGACACUGACAUGAUUGUGGUGUCAUGCGUGUCCAAACCCAGCCACUGUGAAAAGGCCAUAGAGGAGAUCAACGUUGUGGCCCAGAAGCUCAUCACAAAUUCUGAGAACGACCUGCAGCUCAGCUACGCCAAACAGCGGCGCACCAAAAGUUCAGCUCUCCUGCACAAGGAGCUGGACGUCCGCAGCAAUCGAGCAGUUCGUCAAUACCUGGUGAAGGUCAACCAGGCCAUCGCCACGCUAUACGCCCGCCACGUGCUGGCCUCGCUGCUGGCCGACUGGCCCGCCGACGCAGCACUGAGCGAGGAGGCCCUGGAGCUGAACGGCGCCUCGCACAUGGCCUACAUCCUGGACAUGUUGAUGCAGCUGGAGGAGAGGCCGCUCUGGGAGAAGAUUCUCCAGAGGGUGCUGAAGGGUUGCAGCCAGAGUAUGCUGUGCAGUCUGUCCCUCACUGCCUGCCAGUUCAUGGAGGAGCCAGGCAUGGCUGUGCAGAUCAGAGAGUCCAAACACCCAUACGACAACAACACCAACUUUGAGGACAAGGUGCACAUCCCAGGAGCCAUCUACCUGUCAGUGAAGUUUGACUCCCGCUGCUACACAGAGGAAGGCUGUGAUGAGCUCCUCAUGUCCAGCAGCAGUGAUUUCCUCCAGGACGUCCACAACUUCAGUGGCUCCCCUCAGAAAUGGUUGGACUUUGAGAUUCCUGGUGAUACCCUGUACUACAGGUUUAUGUCGGACAUGAGCAACACAGAGUGGGGCUACAAGUUCACCGUUACAGGAGGGCACAGAGGACGUUUCCAGACAGGUUUUGAGAUACUCAAGCAGAUGUUAGCAGAUGACCAAGUGCUCCUUCACCUGCCACUGUCUGACAUCUGGGAGUGGCAGGUGGGCGUGGCCUGCCGUCAGACUGGGAACCAGCGACUCAAAGCCAUUCACCUGUUGCUCCGCCUGCUGCAGUGUCAGUCACAGACGGCCGGUGAGCUGACGCUGCUGCGCCCUCUGUGGCAGCUGUUCAUGUCCAUGGAGAACACUCUGAGCCAGGACCCCACCAGCAUCACCGUGCUGCUGCAUCUUCACCGAGCCCUCACUGAACUCUUCUUCGUCGCAGAGGCCAGAGCCAUUGCGCAGGGGAUCCUCCAGGAAUAUUUGUUGGCCAUGACCACUGACGAGCAGCUCCUCAAUCACACUGCAAUGGCUCUGAAGAACAUCGCUGCCAUCAGCCUGGCUAUCAGUUACCCCAACAAAUCUACCAAGCUACUCAACGUGUCCCCCUGAGAGCUCCACCAAGAGCAUGGAGGAGAACGACCUGAAGGGGACACAUCCUGACACAGCAGGUCCACUUUGAACAUUGGCGGAGGGGUGAGGGAGGAGACCCUCCCCGACCAUCCAGUGCUUUCCUUGUAAAGGACGACCCUCCACUCCGAUAACUCUCUGCAGCACUCUGGACAGGAGCUGUGGAGGGGUUCUCAAAGAGCGCUUUCCACAUUUAGUCACAAUCCUUUUUGCCUUAGGUGAAUCCAGUAUCAGCAUGUGCAUUCACUGAAACAUGAACAAUUGCGGGGUCUUUUUUUUUUUAGUUAUACUUGAAGAAACUGUGCUAAAGGACAUGAAGUGUGCCAAAUUCGAGACCUUCAAGGGGAGGUUUAUUAGUUUUUCUCCUGCCUUGGUUCCACCUUAAACAGCUGGGUUUCAUAGUUGAUCAUGGUGAAAACAGGUCACCAUGGCGACUCUCAUGUCUCAGUGGACAUGAAGAGCAUCCUAAAAAUACUGUCCAGGCCAGUGGAGUGUCAUUAGUCACCAUGGGGAGAAAGUGCUGACCUACUAGCUCCUUCCUCUCUAUCCUUUUGUCUUUCCUUUUAUCUAUCCUUCCUCUCUACCCACCUUCUCUCCUUCAACGUCCCUUCUUUCCUUUUUAAAAAAACGGGAAUUUUCUUUAUUUAAGAGAAUAAUCAGACAUUCUUCACAGAUAUUGGAAAAAUAGGUCUGAUAUGCAACUUUCUGUCAUGAUAGCCAGUGUAAUGUGCAUUAAAAUCGGCCGACCAGGAUUAGGAUGAGAUUCAAAUAGCCAUAAUGUUUGCAUAGGAUGAGAAUUGACGUUAAAGCUGAGGGAAAACUGUGAUAAAAUAAUAUAGCAGUGCAUUCCUUCAUGUAAUUGAAUCAAAAGGUUGCUGUAUUUUCACUAGUGAGUGAAUGAAAUACCAUUAUGAUGUCAAAUGAUGUUCACGAAAAUGAACAGCAGCAAAAAUUAUGUAAUUUAAAAACCGGCAACUCUUUAAGGCCUUUAGUUUAACCCCUGAUUUAUUUAUUCACUGUCAUUAUUUUAUCUAACAUAAAAAAAGGGUUUUCACACCAGUUAUAGGAAUAAAAUCACGCUGUAGUGUCACACCAUCUUGCCCCCCAUACCCUGUGUAUCAUGAUGAACACUGGUGUCGUUCAGAAACAUGUAUAGCUGGUGGUUGACCCCUCACAUCACUUCAAAAACUCUUGUUACGAAUUGACAAAACUGUAAAAUAUACACAUUAUCCCACUUAUUCAAAAGCAACUCAUCUCAUAUUUUGUAAACUGAGAAUUGAUUAAUACUGAAUUACCUCAUCUUUUGUAAUUACAGAGUUGUGACUCCUAAAUGUUUAAUGUGGCUUUCAAUCACAUUACACUAACACCACCUUUUAUUAAGAUCCACCUGUAGCCACUUCCACCAAAAUAAGUCAUGUACUUUCAUGUUAAACAAGGCAUCACGUUUUGUAUGUUGACUAAUCUGAACUUAAGUUUUAAAGAGAGUUGAUGGGGGUGGAUUUCCAAUCAUUGUUGUACUCAUUUCAAAUGAAGAAAUCAUUUUAGUUGUAGGGAAGCCAUGGUGGUUUAUACCAAAGAAACCAAUCAUUGUGAGCCGUGAAACAUCCCGGAAAGAGCUCCAUCUAGAGUUCCUUCCUUUUGUCACAUAUCAGAGGAAACCUUUAAACUUAGUUUUUUUUAUUUUAUACUUUUAUUUUUGAAAUGGUCCCUUGGAGGACCGUAGAAUAGCUCGGUGGUUUUGUUUACACAAACAUCAGCUGCAGUGAGGAGGAGAUACUCUGUUGGGCUUUUACGACGCCUCACCUAUCUACUACGUGCCUACGGUUAAAAAUGAAGCAAUCAUAAUUUAACUCAUGUUAGCCGAAUAGUUAUUAAUUCUAUUUUAAAAGAGAGAUAUAUUGUUUGAUUUGAAGUUUUGUGUAACUUUUUACUUUUAAUGUUUUAUUUUUUUUCGUGAGAUUGUUUUGAUGUUCGAAGCUGACUAAUUUGAAUGUACAUAUCUGUGAAUAUUAAUUGCACAGUAUAUAAAGACUUUGAUAUCAACCCCUUACAAAUAUAAACUUUAUCGGGCACUAACAGACGGACACUUUGAUUCUGAUUUUGUAUGCAUGGCACAUUGAAGGUAAAAACAACACCACGUACUGCUUGGGUUGAAAAUGUGUUCCGUUUCUAAUAAAAAUAGAAAUGACUUGAA